CAAACGCCCGGAUUGAAUCGUUCGGUUUCGGCGCCACUGCUCAAGCGCGUGUUAUGCACGCGCGUACGUGCAGCCCUUCCGCUUCUCGCACGAAAGUCACUCGACCACGUAAUCACUUCCUGGACGCGUGUUAACAGCGCACGGUCAGCAGCUGGUUCUCUCCGCGCGGUUCCCGCCCGACUAGGCAACAACAGCAAGUGACGACGACGACAACAACAACAACAACAACAACAACAACAAUAUGUGAUAAUAAUGAUAACAAUAAACGUUGCAAUCAACGUACCAUGUCGAUACGUGCGCGCACCGACUCGGCUUCGGGAGUCGACUCGCUGACGGUUCAGUUUAUUCUUGUCAAUUACGGUGGCUGCUCGCCUUUGCUGUCGUUCGGCGGCGGUCGAUAUCGAGAGCGCGACGGUGACUGAUGUCAUUGUUCAGUGUGCGUGCGUGCGUUUUCGUUUUUUUUUUUUUUUAAUUCCUUUCCCACCACUCGGUCAGCGGUGAUUUAAUUAUUUGCUUAACGAUCCCGACCAAAUCUUGAUCGUUGUAACACACAUUAUAGUCGUUGUACAGUGACCGAUACGUGCUCUUUCCACUCAACGCGAUCCGCGUCCCUUGUUCAUUCAGUGCGUUUGAUAUCGAUACGCAUUGUUUUCAUCAAACCCCUGCUUUGAAAUACGUCUAGAAAAUGGUUCGACCGCCUCGAUCAUAGUGUAGAAACCAACGACAUAAUGGCCAACUAUGCAGAUAUUGUGGAGAAAGCUAGGAACGCUUUCAAUAGUAAUCAAAUAAAAUCAUUACAACUCAGAAAACAUCACUUACGACAACUUCUCAAACUCUUAAAUGAAAAUUCGUCAGACUUACAAAUAGCCUUAGCUUCUGAUUUAAGAAAGAGCAAGCAAGAAGCAGUACUGUUUGAAAUUGAAUUCUUAAAAAAUGACAUAAUUAAUGCUAUUGAUUCAUUAGCAUCAUGGAUGAAAAUUGAAAAGCCUGCUAAGCCAUUGAUUAAUAUAUUAGAUGAUGUAUUUAUACAUAAAGAUCCUUAUGGAGUCGUUUUAGUAAUGGGAGCUUGGAAUUAUCCAUUACAAUUAACACUAUUACCUGUAGUUGGUGCUAUAGCAGCUGGAAAUAGUGUGGUUAUAAAACCUUCUGAAAUUGCUCCGGCCACUGCAAAAAUCAUUGCUGAGCUAAUACCUAAAUAUCUCAACAGAGAUGCUUUCCCUGUUAUUUUAGGAGGAGUAGAAGAAACAACUCAAUUGCUUAAACAAAGAUUUGAUUAUAUUUUCUAUACAGGAUCAACAGCUGUUGGAAAAAUAGUUAGGGCUGCAGCUAAUGAAUAUUUAACACCAGUUACAUUAGAAUUGGGUGGUAAAAGCCCAUUGUACAUUGAUGGUACAGUAAAUAUGGAUAUUGCUGUUAAGCGUAUAAUUUGGGGAAAAUGCAUUAAUGCUGGACAAACAUGUAUUGCUCCUGACUAUAUUUUGUGUACUCGUCAAGUUCAAAAUACAUUUGUGGAAAAAGCUAGAGAACUUUUAAAAGCGUGGUAUACUGAUGAUCCAAAAAAUUCUCCAGAUUUGUGCAGGAUUGUUUCUGAAAAACAUUUUGUGAGAUUAUUGGAAUUAAUGAAUAAUAGUGGAUCAAUUGCAGUUGGUGGCAGACAUGAUAAAAAAGAUCUUUAUAUUGAACCAACAAUAUUAACCGAUGUAAAAUCUACAGAUCCCAUAAUGAAAGAAGAAAUUUUUGGUCCAAUUUUGCCAGUUGUAAUUGUUGAUAAUGCAUAUGAUGCUAUAAAUUUUAUUAAUAGCAGAAAUCAUAGCCCAUUGGCUUUAUAUAUAUUUACCAAAAAUAAAGCAACCAUUGACAAUAUGGUGGAAAAUGUGAUUGCUGGUGGAGUUUGUGUCAAUGAUACUAUGACACAUGUAACUGUUGAAAAUCUACCUUUUGGAGGUGUUGGUCUAAGUGGAAUGGGAGCUUAUCAUGGAAAAAACUCAUUUGAUACAUUUACACACAGGAAAAGUUGUUUGGUCAAAGAUUUCAACAUUAUUGGAGAAUCGUUUUCUUCAGCAAAAUAUCCACCUUACUCUGACAAGAAAUUAAGUAUGGUGUCUUUUUUGAUGAGGAAGAAACCGAGCAUUAACUUCAAAUUUUUACCAUAUGUGUUUGUAUUUGGUCUUGGGGUUUGUGCAACCUUUGCAUUCAAGUAUUUAAAUAAGGUACAUUUAAGAUCUAAUUCUCGCUUUUAAAUAGAUCGUACCUCAAAUUACAUAAUCAUAACAUUACAUUAAAUCAAUCACCUUUGUUGAAAAAUUGUAACCGAAUUAUAAAAUUAUUAGUUGCACUUUGAAAAAUUGCUUUUAUUUAUUUUACUAAAAAGUACAUUAUUGGCCAUAAAUUGAUAUGUUCA